AUGGAAUCGAUCGCAAGUCCGCUCUAUUUUUUGUCAAAUUUGCCGUUGAGCCCGCCAUCCUGCACAAAUGUUGUCAGAUUUAUCGGUUAGUGAAACGUUAUUUAUAGGCCUAUUCAGUCGGGAAAGAAUUAUUUGAUUCCUGAUUUGAAUCGAGUUUUUUUUCAAGGAAAUAGAAACCGUUUUUUCCAGAGUGAAUAGACCCAUGAAAUGCUGUAAAGAAAAAGUUUUCAGAUGUUCUGGAAUUUUUCUUUAUCGCUCAUCCGUCAUCAGGAAAAAAGGAAGGCGAGGAGCACAAUCGGAUAAUGUAUUUCCAUCCAAAAGGAGAGAAUUGUGAACGACAGGUAAAUAAUUGUGGAAACUCGAUUGCCGUCAAGGAAAAACCAUUGAAAAAUUGCAGACAGAAGUGACUGGAUUCGCAGAAGCCGUUGUUAACUUCACCGAAAAUUUCCUGAGCUCGGCAAAGCGAGAGAGCGUCGUGAAUUUCAACGACGACGAUAAUUUCGAUUUCCGGACAGUCUCCACCCAAAGAACGGAACACGUUUACGUCCGAAUUGAGCAGAAUCAGUUCAUUCUGGGCGUUUCUCUUUCGAAACAACUGUGUCACGUCUCCGAUUAUCCACUUUUCCAGCCUGCAGUCCGAAGCAUUCUUUGCGAUGCAUACAAAAUGUUCCGCAUGUUUUUCGGCACGUUUUCCUCGUUUUUAAAGUAAGUUGGAAAUUAUUUUUAGCACUGAACAAUGACUGAAGGUACACGGCGCCGAAAUAUUUUUAAAAAUUUUACGUAAAUCAAAUUUUGAUUAACUUUAUGCUCUUCUGACAAUCGCGCAUUACCGCUCUUCAGGUUAAUUUAGUGCUAAAUUAGACAAUUUCUUCCAAUAUGAAUUGCGGUAGAAAUUGUCCCUCUACUAUGUGUCACUAAAAGAAACCCAGUUACAGCACCAUACCGGAUGACAUCCCAAAGUUCAAGGAACGUCUCGAUUUCUUCUUCUCCAAAUACAUUCCAUUAUUGAAAGUGCACAAAAUGCCGUUGCUCGAUCAUUUGGGUGGUGUGGAAUUCCUCCGAAUGUCUGGCCCUCUCUACUUGAAUGUCGUUUCCGUUCUCGCAGAGCUCCGAGAAGAGUUCCCGAUCGUCGAGAAAAUAAUGUUUCUCUAUCAGGACAAGCUACUUCAUUAUCAACUUUCGAAGCGAGACCUUCCCUCGUUGUUCCGUUAUUUAACGCAUAACCUCCUGCCCACCAGUUUGGCGCCGGAACUCGAGUCCUCCGCGGGCAACGCGUCUAAAGGGCGCUACUUGCGUGGGCCGACGGAUUUGACGACUGAUGCUCCGUUGCUCGGAGAUGAAUCUCUUUCGGUGGUGCAUUUGCAUGCGGAGCAAGAUCAAGACGAAGAACAACUCGUGGCUUAUCAGAUGAUUGUAUAUCGGUGCGUGAAUGCCACUGUUUGCAUGUUUGUCAGGCAUAAUAGUGUUACGAAUGGAGAGAAAAAGACAUCUGAGGGUAAGAUUUUGAGUAUUCAUAAUAUACCGUGAAUACUGUAUUGGAAGGGCACCCAGCAAAGUGAGCUAGAUAAUUUUUGAGUCAAUUUUCGGGCUGCGGUGUCCUUCACCUCAGCUGUGUCGGGCGUUUUGUGAUCGACACCGUAACCCGAAAGUUGCGGCCCGCCGCCGCAAAAGCUUGAGUGAUUUUCGCGCCAAAACGCUUAACGUCGCCUUUUGCCCAUCUCUGAUUCUCGUGGUACAAUCCAUCAUUUUCCAGAAUCUUCUUCCUCCCUCUCAAGUCUUCCUCGAAACAGGGUGGUCAGUCGUCGAUUAUUACGAAAUAUCGAUCAGUUUUUGGAGACAGAAUUGGCACAAGUGGCCAGCAAAAUUGGUGAUGAGUGAGUAGCCCAACAACUCAGAAUCUGUCGAAAUUGUCUUUACGUCUAGAAUCGGCGACGAGAAGGGUCCCGAAGCAACGGAUUUCCAUUACAUUUAUUUCAAUCCCUCCUCCAUGUCAAUGACCUCUUCCCUUUCAACGUCGCCGGCACUCUCGGUGGCAGCUUCCGGCACCACUUCUAACUCAAAAGUGCCCCUUCCGCCGAUGGAAGUCAACCGUCUCGUGUGCGAUACAAUGCACAAUUUCGUCUCGGAAACAGAAGAGUCUGGCGAGUGUUUCGUCAAAUCGUCCAGUGAUUGGUGGAUUGUUGUCAAGAAGGUAUCUAAGCUACAAUACUUUGAAACCUGCGCCCAAAAAAAAGCCUUCACCGCUAUUCCGAGUGUGACAAACAGUCGAAAGUUCACGUGUUCAUUUCUCACUUUUUCCGUCACAAAAUUUUUGUAAGAAUUAAAAACGAGGCUACCAUCAAAUCAGAAUUGUCCUAAACCAGAACUGCUCCGAGGAUAACCAAUUAGCACUACGGAUAGUACUGAUUUUGGAGUCUUGCUGUGGCAUAGUUCUGAUUUGGGGUAGUCUCCUUCUGUUGAGAUCUCAGGAGUUAGCCGUAGACUCAGUCGAGAUACACCGAUUUUAAUAUCAAACUUGCCACUUUUUCAGGUGAAUUCCCGGCUGCUCGUACUGAUCCUACCGCCCUCCAAUUACACUUCUUCUCUGGCGGAUGUACAAUCGAAAACCACUACAAUUGUACGGUCACACUUCGAAGCCAUCUUUUUUAGUUAAAUUUGAAAUGCAUUGCCUGUUUCUGAUUUAUUUGUGUGCCUUUUCCUGUAAUACUUCAUGACCUCUUUUGCCAAGUUGCUUCAUUCGUCCUAACUAAAAAGUAUUUACAGAACAUGAAAAAAUAGCGCAACACUGCAAUUUUAAUCGCUGAACCCUUCUCCGACGACGAAAUAGAAUUGGAGCUCCGACACGAAACUCGCGAAAAUCGGAUGAAGAAGCGCACGCGAAUCAAAGUGCCAAAUGCCCUUUGAGGCUUAAAAUUGAAUUUGAAGCCUAUCUUCCUCUUCUGCGCGAGAAACACUCGAAGCCACUGCAAGCUUCUUUGUUCCGCGAUGUCUUGAUUUCCAAUAUUUGAGUUAGAUUCCGAUAAUUUAAAACUGGAGACUGGAGGAACUUUGUAAGUUGCUUUAAGAAUAAGGAACUUUAAUUUCCGUCGAACUUCCUUUCUCGAAAGUUUCGCCGCCAACACUGACCAAACUUGUCGCUGGCGCGGCAGGACCUUGAGGCAUGAAAAAGCUAAAAAUCGAUCAUGUUUUCCAAAAGUUUUCAAACCGGGUCCACACAAUUUCGCAGUAUAAAAUCACUUUUUCUCGGCACUGACUCCCGCCCCCAGCUAAUUUUAUAUACAUUUGUGUUGGUGUGUGGCUGUUACCAAGGUGACAAAUGCAUGUACAUUUAAACGCAAUGAGAAAUGAGAGCGAAGAAGAAGAAGAAGAAGGAGGAGGAAGGAGCAGGUGCUCUAGCGAAAAGAAUUUAUUGCCUUCUCUCUCUCUCUCUCUCGAGAUGGAGCUCCGGGGCUCAGAGGGCCAGGAAGCCGAGAGGAAGCUACCUUCUUCUCAUUUUCUGAAUAGUAUCACUUUGCAAACUUUUUCACGUCCCACUAACAAUUACCCGCCUCCCUUUAUAUGGUAAUGUGAACGAAUAAACUGGCCAGCAGUCUGCAGUUCGAUCUGACUCUGGACAAAUAUAAUUGCUCCUCCUCCUCCCCCCGGGCGCUCGCUCUUUUACCUGGUUGCACUGCACCGGAAAUAGGGAACAGGGGGGUAAUUACGGGCAACCCGGGUUUCUGUUCGGUUCGACGCAUUUCAUUUCAUGACUCUAUCCAUAUCUCUCUUUUUGUUCUCUUCCAUCGGUUUUUGGUAGUUGGAGAGUGAAUAACCAGCAUGUUUAAGAGCUUGGACAGCAAUCGGAACUAUUAGCGUCGUUACGGUCUUCUUCUAGUUUUCGAAUCAGAAGUCCAGAAGUUAUAAAACCUUCUUGUUUCCUUUCCAAGCACCCCCCCCACUCUCUUCAAGUACAUUUUCAACAUAUCUCUCAUACAUUCAUAUUUUAACGAUGUUUCUCUGUUUUUCAGUUUUUAAAAAGGCAUCAUUACGAGAUGCUCGCUCUCUCUCUCUCUCUCUCUUUUUCACUUGUCUUAUAUUCUUCUCAAAAACGUUGUAAUCCUUUGCCAACGCAUUCGAAACGUACUCGCUCUUUUGAGUCGUCUAGCGGCGCCAGUUUUUAAAAACCUUGUUAUCAGUCAGCGUUGUUCUUGUUUGAAUUCUCAAAAAAAAACGGAAUAUCAGUCGCGAACAUUAAUUGUUUUUCCUUUUUUCCGUUUUCAAUUUAACAAAAACGUUUGUGGCGUCAAAUGUGCAUUGGGGAAGGUCUCGAAUUCCAAUUUGUUUGUCAUUUCAUUCAACUUUUGAAGCGCCACAACUCAACGCUUUGCUGCAAACCUUUCCAGAAAGUUUUUCCGUAAACUCUGUUCACUUUGUUACAAAAUGAUUUCUUUACAGCCCAGCGAUGGGAUCUUCUUUGAAAAACGAGGAAGAAGAGUAGGAAGGGGAAAGUGCCAAGUGAACAAAAAACAAAAACAAACCGAUUUUGUUUCGUUGUGAGCAGUCGGACUUGUAGUCAAAACUGCAAAUAUGUUCAGAAACUUCUAGUGAACCUGGGCGCCGUGAAACUCAAAUUUCGGCGCGCAAACGCAAAUGUUUUGUACUUAAUGCUGCGCAAAAGUUCUCGAAUCUGUCUCUCAUUCAAACCUCAUCACCUAUUCCCAUGUUUUCAUUUUCCCGUCACUCUUCUCUUUUUCGGCUGGACGGAUCCAGUCAUUUUUACUUCUCAAAACCCCCCAACAAUCUGGAUAGACCAAAAAACCGAUCGACUUUCGUUGUCAGGUCUCUCUAAACUUUGAAACAAAAACGUUAACCUACAAUAUCUGCCAUAAUCUUUCUCCUCUGCUUUUCAACUUUUUCCUACUUUCUCUCUCUCUCUCUCCCAAGGGAAAAAGAAUCCGUCAACCUUGACACUAGGUCCUAGGAAAAGCUAGGCGCGAAAAAAGCGUUUGUUCUCCCUUUUUUCGUUCGGUUCUCUUUCUUUUUCUGCGUGCGUACCGCUUGAGUUUGGUGAGAAGUAAAAAAAAGCGAACUCUAUGCCACCAUGAUCAUAGAAACACAUUUCUUGGACCCUCUAUCUCUUUAGAACCAAAAGUAUCUUUAAAAGCGGAGAGUAGGAGAGAGACGGGAAAUGAAUGAUGGAUGAUGAGCGCAUAAACUUGUCAUCGCUUAAAAGAGGGAGAGAGCAAAACAUGUUACGUGUUCAAAACUAAUCUUAAAUUAGUAUGCGCUCUCUCUCUCUCUCUCUUUCGCCAUUUCCUUUCCGUAUACACAAAACUUUCGACACAUUCAAAUGUUCAUUUCUCAACUCUACAUCGUCACUUCAUAUGCGCUUCUUUCUUUCUCCUUUCCGAGAGAAUCAAUGCUCCGCUGAAAGCCCGUCUUCUCAAGUUACACUCCUGGUUCGAAUGUCAACUACCACCAAUGCCUCCACAAGUAUAUAAAUUUCAUGGUGUUUAGUACUCGUUUUGCUUGAACAAACUGAUUUUCGCGUUCCCACUCGCCACCAUUUUCUAUUCGAAACUCUUGCGCUCCACGCUCCAGAGCAGAAAGAAAUAUGCAAAUUUUUAGUCGGUCCGGGUAAGUACCGCCUGAUUUAUUUAGUUUGCAUCUCGGGCGACCACACGACGACGUCAACACUUAGCCACUCUCGUCUCUUCUGAUAGUACACUUCCAAAUUUAGUCUCCCGAUGAGGAGCCAUAUCGCUGUUUUUGCAUCAGAAAACACUUGAAAAGUAAUCAAAUCUUCGCUUUUUCACCUCUUCUUCUUCUCAACGACUUCCUCACUCGACCACCUCUCACCUUUUUUUUCUCCGUUUUCCACCAUCCACCCUUCUCAUGUUUUCCUAAUAAGGUGUCCCGCACACAGCAUCUAACAGGCGUGGGGUGUCUUGAAGACGAAGAAGGAGACGAAGAAGAGGCAUAUUAUUAACGCUUCGGCCACGCGGCAAGAGUGUGAGAAGCAGAAGGAGAAGGAGAGCAAAUAUAUUUUUUUUUGCUCUUUUCUUCACACACACACACUUCUCCAUGUCGUUUUCGUGUCAUUGCGUGCACGCCGUCAUCAUUACCAUUUUGAAAAAUAGAUGUUGGCCAGUUGCCAAUUUCUAGUUUUUUUUUAAUACGCCAUCACCAGCGUACAUGAAUGAUCAGAAUGAGCAAUAAGAUCUCUCUCUCUCUCUCUCUGGGAGAAACACGAAUUCAGUAGAUUUGUGCGGGAUUUGUGUCUCACAUUUUUCCUCCCGAUUCAAACGCCCCGAAUUGAUAUUGCAUCUCCUCUUCGUUUCCUUUGUAAUCGGCGGUCUGGAACACAUGCCUUCUCCGUUUCAGACGCCCCCGUUUGGAUAUUAUAUAAUUCCGCUCAUUUUCUCGGCUCCCUGCUGCUGGAACUUGUUUUUUCUCUCUGUUUUUCUCCCUCAUCCUCUGACGCUUCGCCGGUUUUCUUCUUUCAAUCAGGUCGAAACGUUUUGUAGCCGGCUGAAAAAAGAAAACCGGAAAACGAAUUGUUCUGUGGAAUGAAUGAUCAAAAAUGUAUGAAAAUCUUGGUGACUCCGAUCCAAUGAACUAAAAAACGAAGAAAAGUGCGAGCGCACCCUACCUGGCCGAGUCUAGUUUCCUAAUGUUUUCCUAAGAUCCCUUAACAACACACACCCAUUUCCCUUGUUCUUCUCUCCCAUUUAUCUUGUGAAGGAAAAGGCAAAAAAGCGAGUAGUUGUUGAGCAAAUGUACUCUUUUCUCUCUCUCUCCCUUCAUCUGUAUUCCUUCUUCGGACAUCAUCAUUUUUUAUCUGUUGCUCCUCCUCCUCCUCCUCCUCCUCCUCUCACCACUUUCUGCCCUCGUUUAGUCACGACGAGAGAAAAAGCACCCGGCGGGGAGAAGCGUGCAGAUAAUUGCUCCACACUUUUUUUGUUUUCCUUUUUUUUCUAGAUGCUAUUCACUAUUUCGCGCGCGCACUCGCCUUCAACUUUAUCCGUUUUUGCAGACAAAACAACACUUGCCUGUGGAGUAUGUAAGCUGAAACAUCUGCAAUUCGACGAAACAACCAUGUUGCGCUUGUCUUCACAAGUCUUUUGUUUGUUUUUGCUACACUUCACACGAGGUAAUCAAUCAAUCGGCUAUCUUUUCUUUAACGAACGUUUUCGUCUUUUUCAGUCUCACAAUGCGUAUUUCUUCGUGUCGAGACCGGACAUCAGAACAUUGCAAUUGAUGGCAGAGACACAUAUUACGGUCACUACACAAAAAUAUACUUUCACAAUGUCACCUGCCUUGACGCCAUCGAUAUUCACUGUCUGAAAGAGUUGACUGGCGCCGAGGAAAUGUGAGUUGUCCUGAGUGUGUGUUGUUCUCUUUUUUGCAACACACGAUAUGUGAACAGAGUGAUACAGAGCAAUAUUUCAGUGAUCUGCUCUACUCGGAAUGUCAAAAAGGACACUGGAAAGUGGCGCAUUACACCAAUUCGAAGCAUCAUUUCAGGUUAAAGGAGGUAUGUGAAAAAUGGCAUCUCAAAGGAAACGCGCUCUGUUGCAAUUGUGAUCUUCGGCUCAGGCGCCCAAUAAAAACAGAGAAUGUUCCCCUGUAGAUCACAAAAACAGGGUGUUUCGAUAAUUUUUUUUUGCUUCUCAGAACGUUUAGAAAGUUCACGUAAUCAAUAAAAACAUUUCAGCCGAUCCACGCCCAGCUCCUUCUGAUUUCCUCUCGUCGUGAGCUGUCCGUGAUCGAUGUGCAAGUCGAAUCGUGCUCGAAUCCUCCUGUUAGACUGCUGUCGGAGUGUCAUCGUCCCACCCGAAACCACAAUCAUCGUCACGGAAAGUUCGGACAAAUACUGAGAGCCGUUGAUCCGAAUGGUGAUGAUGCGAGUGCUAAAGAAGAACAGAAAUUGAGUGUGGAAAGUGAGAAGGAGAAUGAAACUAGGAGCCGAAAAAGGCGGAAGAGGGAGAUCUCGAAGAACGAUGUGAAGAUAGAGGUUUUGAAUGGAAGCCAGGAGUUUGCAGAAGACAAAGUUAUUCCGAGGGGUCAAAUGCUGAAAGUCGAUCCUGGAACUCGUCUGAGGUUCCAUAACAAUAUCGGACUUGUUGUCAACGGUCGGUUCAUUCAAGUUUCAACGCUUAAAUCUAAAUUGCACAUUUCAGGCAUCCUAAACAUUCAAGGAACCGCCGACGAUCCGGUCAUUCUGGAGCCAGCGAAUUCUGGAGAGCGUUGGAGAGGAAUAGCUUUUAGAGACUCGCCCCCCGACUCUAUUCUCAAGUAUGUGAAUAUCAGUGGAAGUGACGUGGCGGUCAGCAUCAAAUCAGGAACACCGCCGCUCAUGGAUCAUGUGAUCGCCGAUGGGAAUACGUAUGGAAUACAAAUUGAUCAAAUGGAUGUUAGUAGUUUGGCUCCAUUUUUUUAGUGUCUUUUUUGUCGGAUAGGAGACUUGUCGCGGGCCGGAAACUCUCACACAACCUCCGAAAACCCGGCCCCGGAUUUGACAAGUCUUAGAAAUUGUAACUGAAAAACGAAGAUGCCUAUAAUUCACGCCGUCGGAUUUCCUUAUCGAAUCUUUUCAGGAAUCCUCUCAAACGCAUCUGACAUCGGUAGUAUCGGCAAACAACGAGAAGACGGGAAUCGAGUACCUCGGAAAGGUAUAAACGAAUUGUCCGUCCCCCCCCUCGCCCACGUCAGCUUCUUCUAACCACCACUUCUGCUCAAUGCGCACCUUAUCACUGGUUCUUACUUUUUGCACACGAUCUCCUUCUCUCUCUCUCUCUCUCUCUCUCUCUCUCUCUCUCUCAUCCGUUCCUUAUUCAUAUCGAAACGAAUCGCUGAAAACACACUCACAAAGCCACCAAAUCACAUUUCAUCACAAGCACUUUUGUAAAAACAAUUCCCACUUUUUGUCUCAUUCGAAUUUUGAAACAAGCUACUACUACACUUGUCCGCCGUCUUCUGUAUCAUGAAAGUAAUAAAUUAUCACAAAGCAUACAAUACUGCAUUAUUGGUUGAUUUAUGUACACAAACACAAAUACACGUAAUCACAUAUAUAGCAUACAAUGCAUGUGUUGCAACCAUUGAACUGAUUGAUGAUAAUCGAUUGAAUGAAGAAGAUGACUGUAAUUUUUAGUUGAUUUAUGAGCUGUUUCCAAAAAAGGUUUUGGAAUAUGGGAACUAAUUCUCUCUUCAGGGCUCAAUUUCAAUCGAUCGCACAGUGGUGUCCUCCAACGGAGGUCUCGGUAUCUUUAUAACAAGCGAGCAGAAAAUUGUGAUAAGGAGAAGCGCGGCGAAUUCGAACAACGGGACCGGCAUCUACGUGGGCACUUCUGAAGUCACUUUGGAGAAUGUGGUGGUCAAUGGCAACGGAUACUACGGGAUUCAUGCUGAAGUGGAGAAGCGAUUUGAGGUAACUAUUGAGAGAUUUCGGAAAGUUUCAGCGGUUUCAGAAACUUUGUACCAGGACUGGGCAAUUGGCCGGGCCUUGAUUAGACAUUUGAACCUCUUGCAAUAUUCCGAUCGGACCCAAACUUUGCAGGCUUCUUGGACAUGGAUUGAAGCAUAUUGGGACCAAGUUUCAGCCCGAUCGGAUCAUCUGGUCCCGAGAUAUGUUGGUCAUUGGCCGGAAGCCCGGGAUUUUUGGAAAAAUCGGCCAAUGAUCCACAUAUCUCGGGACCCGACGAGCCGAUCGGGCUGAAAAUUGGUCCCAAUAGCCCUCAAUCCAAGUCCAACAAUCCUGCAAAUUUUGGAUCCGAUCGGUAUAUUGCAAGUGGUUCAAAAGUCCAGUUCAAGGGUCGGCCAAUUGCCCAGCCCUGCUUUGUACAAAAGUAACUUUUAGAUGUAUAAUGUGAACAUAUCGGCACAUCUUUCCGAGUUUGGCGUCGAACUAUUUUUGUCGAAAAAUGCAAAAGUCGCCAUCACCAACUCACUUUUCCAUGACAAUAAAAGAAGCGGAAUUCGGGUAUCUGGAAGUUUCGAGAGUCCACAAGUGGGUCGCGUCAAUAGCUAAGCUUCGAUACCUGAGAGAAUACGUUUAAUUGCAGAUAAUCGUUCGAGCGUGUCGAUUUUCACGGAACGCUGGAGAAAUGAUUGUUAUGGAGAACUAUGGAAACGCCAGUUUGAUAGUGAAUAAGUGCUCAUUUGCAAGCAAUAUCUAUUUGAAUUUUGACAAUGGCGAUUCGGUCAUUUCACUUAAAAAUAUCAAGGGAAGCGGUAUGUUAGCCAGUUGCUUGUUAUAAUGAAAAAUAACAUUUUCAGAUAACCAGUUAUUGAUUUCUGACUGUCAGUUUACGAAAAACUCAGUCUCCGAUGUCAUCAAGGUUUUGGAAUCCGCUGGAUCCGCCACAUCAUCAUCCAUAACCGACAAUGAUUUCAUUCAAAAUCUUGCCAACUCUGCCAUCACCACCAACGCCCAAAACUGCAUAAUUUCUCGGAAUCAGUUUGAGGAUCGAAGGUCAAACUGUGAAGUGACCUACCUUUUACCAGCCACACCGAAACCUCACGAUUUGGCGAACAAUUCGUUUGAAAUAGGCGAUCAAACGCCGUUUUGUACGGAAAAAUACAAUUACUUCGCCGCGCAAAUGGAUGAGCCGAAAACCACGACUCUUCGAGCUUUGGCACAAGGAAUAACCGAGAAUCCGUUCGAGAAGAGUGCAGAUGGGAAUCAGAUAAUAAGUGCUCAAAAUGAACCGUACUUGAUCAACCAGGAAGUGAUGAUCGACAUCGGGCAGACGGUGGUCAUUGAGCCUGGAACCAUUUUGGACUUUGCGCCCAAUACUGGGAUUACGGUUGCCGGGAGGCUAGUGAUGAACGGAACAGAGGAGAGACCGGUCGUUGUGAGGUGAUUUUUCGUGAUAAUUCUACAAUUUACACAGCUACAUUCAGAGGCCAAAACGGAAACACGUGGCGUGGAAUCGUGGCGAAGCCAGAAGGCGUCCUCGACGUAAUAAACGUGGUGUCUGAGGAUGCGUCGAUCGGAAUUUGGAUAGAUUCUGAAAAGGUUCGAGUCGAGAAGGGAAGGAUCGUUCGUCCGGCAGUGCACGGCAUAGAAAUCACUCAAAAUUCGAAUGAUGUUGUCGAUUUGGGAGGCGUCGUGAUAGAAGAGGCGAACGAAUCGGCGAUCGGCGUCGACGAGCGGAGGGAUGAUGUUCUCAUCAUGAAUGCAAUUGUCAAAGAUGGCAUUGGGACUGGUAUCGACUUCAUGACGCCCACAGGCAAUAUUGAACUUCGAAACAUCUCCAUCGAAAAUAUGGGAAAGUACGGAAUCCACAUCUCGGAGUUUCCAUCCUCUCCUCUUCAUGCUGUUCUCUUGGAUGAUGUACAAAUUAUGAAUCAGAAGAGAGGUCAAGCGGGAAUUCUGAUAUCUGGAGGAUGGAUUCAGAAUAUAGCAAUGCACAAUAUCGAGUUUUCGGGAAACUCGGUGCCAAGUUUGAUCAUCGCGAUGGAGUGCAAUGACGGUAAUGAGAAGUUGAUUCGACUCGAGAAUUGCACGUUUGAAAGGAAUACCGAUAUUGUACAACAUGUGCAGCUGGGCAAUUGUGCGAAUUUACAGGUUGGUGCAUUCACUCCUCAUCCUUCCUCGUUUCUUUUCUUUUUCAGAUGGACAACAAUCGCUACACCGAAAACAAUGGCGACGGAAUCGGCUCCACUCUAGUCAUAACCUCCGAUAAGAGUACUAAAAAGAAGAACGGCGUUAUGGAACUGGCCAAGAACAACUUCACUGCGAACGGCGGAAUCUAUACGGUCACUCUGGAUUCCAAUGUUCACGACGUUUACUUUACGGACAAUAUGCUCACGGCCAAUGAGAACUCUGGAGCCGUACUCAAGAUUAGUGGAGAAAACGCGAAAAUUGUGACUAAUUACUUUGACAAUAGGGAGAGCAAAUAUCAGGUUGCGUAUUCGGAUGAUUAUGUGAGUUUCUCUUGAACUUUGUUGGGACCCGCAAGCUUCAUCUUCACUUUUAGCCCAUCGACGCUAGAUUCAAUGAGUGGAACGGUCUAUCAGAAGAAGAAGUGCUCGAAACGAUCGACGCCAAAGAAGGUUCCGUGCGCGUGAUUCCCUAUGGAACCCCAACAGUCUCUGUCGAUAAUCAACUCGACGCGGUCACCACAUUAUUCCCUGUUACCGUCUCCGAUUAUGAGAAUGCUCAGUGUGCUCAUCUCAGCUACUGCUCGCGUCGUGGCACAUGUCGCGAUGGAAUCUGCGUGUGUCCGCACGGCUUCGCCGGCUUUGACUGCUCCAUUCAGCUUAUCUGCAAUUGCUCGGGCAACGGACUAUGCAACUUGCUCAACAUUUGUUUGUGUAACGAAGGCUGGACAGGAUCGGACUGCUCAAUUCCAAACUGCGCGGCCAACUGUAAUGGCCAUGGAAAGUGCGUUGGUCCGAAUAGCUGCGAAUGUGCGCGUGGAUGGAUGGGCGACUCGUGCGCAACGACUUCUUGUGUGGAUUCCGAAUGCUUGCACGGCCAUUGUGGUUCAAAUGGACUCUGUUUGUGUGAGAACGGCUGGCAGGGAUCCAGAUGUCAAGUUUCCGCGUGCUCUAACUGCUCCCUGAACGGAAAAUGCUCGGCGCCAGGCAUCUGUAGCUGUUUUGAGGAUUACGGUGGCGCCGAUUGUACCCAAUGCGUCGGCGACUCGUGUGAAGCCUGUGAUUUUGACUGCAAUCACGGAAUAUGUGAACCGUUGACAAAGACGUGCUCCUGCUCUAAAGGAUGGACGGGCGGGGCGUGUGACGUCUGCUCGAUUGGAAAGUGUAACGAAGCAAUGAGGAUAUUCUAUAUUCAACCUUCGACGGCAGAGUUGGAGGAUGUGAAUGCGGUUGUCAAUGUGUUUGGAGAUGGAUUUUCGACGUGAGUAGUGGGACAUUUAGCAACCGGAACUUGUCGCAGACAAAACUGUUCAAAUUUCAGCACGGACAACAAUUCGUAUGUGUGUACCUUCGGUCGAACGACUGUAACCGGCCUCAGAAUCUCGUCAGCUAUUAUCCGAUGCCCGAUUCCAUCCAACUUGACGCUAGGGCGUCAUGUCUUCAGCGUUUCGCAACCCGGAAGCUUUAGCUCAAUCGAUAACUCGGAAGCGAAACCAGUAAGUGUCAUGAUCAUCGAGCCGACAAUAAAACCGCUUUACUUCAGAUCCACUUCACGCUUUACGAUGGCUGUGAGCCCUCUUUGUGCCAGGGUUCUUGCAUCGGCCCGCUGUGUAUUUGUCCUCAAGGAAAAACUGGAAUAUUCUGCGAUGUCAUCGAAAUUUUGCCCUCAAUCGACAAACGGUUUUUGGAGCAUCAAAGAGCGAAUCAAGCGUUUGAGGGAUUACCCUACGUUCUCAUGCUGCCUACCAUGAGCUCAUCGGUGCUCCGCGUCAAUUCUACAAUUCCUCACCUCAACUUCAUUGCUUCCAAGGGAAUUAUAGCGUGGCCAGAACCGCUGGGGUCACAAGACCCCUAUGAGAUAACUGUGACGGCCUUCUCUCCGGCUGGAAAAACUACAAUCGCUUGGAAUGUGACUGUUGCUCCCGAAUAUGCAGUGGAAGUGAGAAAUGUAACUGUUGAAGCGGGAAAAGCAACGAUAUACGGAAAAUUGAUCGGACCGUCGAAGAGAGCGAAACGUCCAGUGGUGAUUAGGAUUCAGAGGGAUAAUGUCGUCGACGAAAUACUGGCCGAGUCCGAUGAUAGUGGAGACGUCAACUUUGACUACAUCCCAAUGCUCCCAGGGACUUUUGAGGUCAGCAUGGCUCAUCCGAACGUGAACACGGAUUCGAUCACCCGACCAAUCCGGUUCACAAUACCAGAGAUCAACCUGCCGAUCCACGGCGAGUCAUCAAACUCUUCUCUCACUCUGGACAUUGCCGGACGGCACGAUUGUCGAGUGAAAUUGUUGCAACCGAGAGUCGAAGGAGCGGAUGUAGAGCAGCGUGGAACUCAAAAUAUCAUAAACUUUGGAAGGUUUUGGAGUGAAGAAGUGGUGGCAGCUGUGACUUGUGGCAAUGAAUCUACGGAAAUCGUGAGAGCUCCGGCGAUAGAGACUGGAUUGGUGUCCACUACGCCGGAGGUGUUGAGCCUGUAUGGCAAUGAGCAUUUGUAUGAGGUAAGUGGAGGCUUGUUUGAAGGCUUGUAAUGAAACUCUGUUCUUAAGGUAAAAGUACACGCUCCGAUGCGCUCAUUAUUGACUCUAGAUGUAGACGUCUCGGGCGACUCCCUCCAAUACCUUUCCGCAAUACCCGAAGCUCAGUACCUUCGUCUCACCUUCGCAACAUCCUCCAGCGUCCCACCGACAAACGGAACGAUUCAAGUGAACGAUGGCGCGAAACCGCUGAGCACCAUUCCCUUCUUUUACGUGGCCGACAAUAAGUCUACGUAUUAUAACUUUAAAAUUUGCAUUCGUGACGAGUGGGAUGGUCAGGAGGGUCCACUCGCGUCUUCCGAGGUAGCCACAAUAGCUGUUCAAAAUCUGCAAAGAGGCGUUGAUGUGAUCAAACCGAACGUUCGUUUGAACGUUCAAUGGGCCGACUUUACGCUACAACCCGGACUUUACAAGUUGCUCAUUAAAAGCGAUCUGCACGAGUCUGUCGAAGAAGUUGUCGAGUUGACGCCGUUGAACGCAACGUUCUGCGUCGCCAUGACUUCUACAAAGUCUAGAAACGUGCCCUCAAUUUAUUGCACCCAUUCCACGGAUCCGGACUCUUGCGACGUCAAGAUAACGUCGGCGACGUCUAGUAGCUUGCCAUACUUGCACUUCGAGCCAUCGGUGGUGACGUCCAAAGGGCAGAAGGUUCUGGUGGAGCCACGAGGAAACUUGAAGGGAACCGUAGGUCUGUGGAACAGCCAACUAGACGGUGUCUCAAUUACUCCAUCACGAAGAUCAGUGGCGAUUAAUGAAAGCUUUUGGAUCACGUUUGACUGGGAAGGCUCUGCGUUUUCUUGUUCCGUACUAGCGUUGAACGUUCCAUUCAUCUUCCUCCCAACUGCAUCAGACAUUCCUCUGCACACCAGGUCCACAAUACUCAUUCGACAGAGCCGCGAUGGCAACGACGUCUGUUCGAGCUCAAAAGAUGCUCCCCCGAAACUUGCCACUUCCACCAUGGUCAUGUGUAAUUGUGGCGAUGGAGCGCGAGCGCGUUGCCGAGAAAAGUAUCAUUCGGCCACUGCGUGCGGCAGCGCGUGGAGCAAAAUAGCCGAUGAUACCGUCUCCCUGGAGGUCUUAGCCGCUUUUCUGUCAAUGAUUUUCGAAUGCAAAGAGGUGUCGGUGAGCUUUGAGGAACUGCGAAGUUCGUUGGAAUGCGUGGCUUCCAUCGAAAGCGACUGUCCCGUCAAUUCAAUGCAGUUCAAAAAGCGGAAACGACAGGCGCAGACACAAGCGCCACAAGCGGAUUCUCCAUUCGGAAUUUUGAGUCAGUUGGGUCCAUUGAACUCGGAUUUUGGAAAAGUGUUGCCUGUACUCAACGCGUUGGAUGUACAGACUAUCAGGUAAGCUUACAAUAAUAGUUUGUCAUGUCCAUAGUACAUCAUGAUCUUGCAGAAUCUCCUCGGUGUUCAUCGAGCUUGUGGAUCGGAUCCAGAAGCUUUUUCCCGCCGACAUAACGAGUUCAAUGGACAAAGAAACCGUCGAUCACUUCAUCGGUGCGAUUUCCGACAGCUCCGACGAGGGAAUGAUGAUAUCGGAAGCGGAAAGGAGGAUAAUCGGAGACUCUGCGCUCCGACUCAUCCAACUCUGGAAUUUGACGGUAAAAAGUUGGAAGUCGGGAAAAGUACAAGCGGAAAAACUGGGAAUAUCUCACCAAGAAGCCAAGUUGCUCGUCUCCGCUGCCGAUAAAGUCAAGAGUAUAUCGCGGCAGAACGUGGCACAAGAUCCGUUCUCUAUGCUUCACGGGUACAUGGAACGAAUGCUGGAGACCGGCGAAACCGAACAGCGGGAAUGUGCCACGACGACUGUGCUCAUCGACGAAAAACAAGUGGAAGAGGACGGACAGAUCAGAAUUCAAGUGUUCAUUCAUAAUAGGGCGGUACGUCUCCUCAAAUAGUUUGUCUUCUACCACUAUCCGUUUUUCUUCAGAAUGUCACCCUAACCAACAUCGGAGUGAGCCUCUCGUUAGUGAAAUCUCAUAUCAAAACGCCGUCCGUCGAAUUCAACAUUGGACCAUCUUGGUCGGCUGGAAUUGGAAGUCUCACUGGUCUCGGAACGCUAGCAGCCGGCUCUUCUUUCGAAAUUCAUUGGACGCGAUUUGUGUCAGUGCCCAGGAGGUUGACCACUAUUGCUAGGUAUCAGGUCAGUGUGAACAUGCUCCGGUUUCAAUAAUUUACACUGUUUUUCAGCCCAUAAUAAUCUUCUCCUAUUCGUCAAUCGGUCGGCUCAGUCAACAGAAAUUGUUCGCGCCAGAAAUAUCGGUGAUUCCAAAGAAGACGGUCCGUGCCAUCAACAUCAUCAAAGACGAUUUGUCUCCGAAAGACGUGUCGCCAAACGACUUCUCCAUCAUUAGCUCGAUUAUAAAUCCGGGCUACACAACGCUCAAAAGUGUACAAAUUCAAAUGAGCAAUCUGGCGUUUUCGGGAGCUUCUCUCGUUUCUUCCGGAGCGCCGACCCGCCUGGAAUCCGUGUUCGUCAACGGAAAACUGUCGCAUAAAAGUUUGACUCAAAACUUUGACGAGAUCCGAAGUGGAUCCACAAAAUUUGUGCGAGUUUUGAUGAAAGAAGCGGACGAUGUAGUGCCAGUAACUUUUAUGAACUUGACAGUAUUGGAGGAAGGCAAACUGUUGACAUUGGACUCGAUGGAGACGUACGCCAUACGGGCGGCUGGCAUUUCCGAUUUCGGAAUGCUUUUGGCCACCCCACAACAGGAGGCGCCGCUUUUUUACUUCCGUCCCUCUGCGGCGCAAAUGGUCAAUGUGAUCAAGUUGGAAUUCCUAUCGGUAAUUAACCACGUAGUGCCUUGCGACACUUUUUUUCAUUUCCAGAUUCGACUCGUAAACUCUUCGAGCACCGAUAGAACCUCAUAUGUUGUGGCGUUCAGGAAUCCGUAAGCGACUGAACACACUUCAAAGCAAAAAGUAUGCGGAGAGUUUGCAGAGAAUCGGCUAGCUUCGGUGGAGCCUUCUGGGCACGCAUGCCCACUCCAGAAGUUGGUGACAAUCAUAAACUGACAACGAUCGUGGACAGAGGAGGAGCACGACCCCGAGAGCUCCAGGCACUUCAGUGGAUUUCACCAGAGAAUGUUAGUUUGCGUGGCGUUCUCGUCGUUCCCUUCAUUUUCCCCCCCCACUUUCAGAAUCGCGAAAUGCUGAACUGGAUCGAUGCGGCAACACUUUCUUCCCGUUCACAAAUGAUCUACGAGCUUCAGUUCACAAAUCCGGAUGCCAAGACGUCAGAAAAUCCGUCGGAUCCUCAAUUCGACCAAUUCGAAUACCGCAUUGAAAUGGCGCCCGGACACUUGGCGCCCGACUCUGAAAUCGGAUUGAUUGAGGCGGAUGGCGAUGAUUUGACCUACUUUUUGUAUUCGCCCGACAACGAUCGAAGGUUUUCUGUCGAUUCGGAGACUGGAAGAAUCUUUUUCGAUUCUGAUGAACCGUUGAAAGACGGGCAGGAGUAUUGUGUGGUUUUGGAGGCACGCGAUGCGCAGGGAAGAAGUUCUCGGGUGCCGGUAGCUAUUAACAAUGGUAGUAAACGCAGACUAUGAGUGGUGGUGUAGAACAUGCAUUUUUAGGUGGCGCCAGGCAAGAGUGUGUUCUCUUCAGCACAGUUGGAUUGACGCCAAUCAUUCAUUUUGGCACUUAUAUUCCAACUCCCACACUUUUUACUCUACGUACAAGGAUUUAUACUACAACUCGUAAGUUGAUUUAGAGUCGCUUUGAAAAUGCGUACUUUUUGAAUAGCACUAACGGUUUUCAUUAACUUCCAAAACUUUACAUCAUUUCAGAGCCCACAACAUUGGCGGCAACCACGUCCACAUCACUUUUCCCUUCUUUGAUUGAAACUUCCACUGGAGCUCCGGUGUCACAAUCCACAGGAUCAUCCUCAGAAGCUUCUACGAUUCCUACCAAGACUUCUGAUAUGACGACGUCAUCAGUGUCAUCUGAAGAGCCAACUCUGUCACCAGCAGUGAUAACACCAUCUGAGUCCCUUUGGACAAGCACUGAAAAUCCGCAUACAUCUCCAGAAGCCUCGGAGACGACUGCAACAACGAUCACAUUCCUGGAUUCAACCCUGGAGCCGAUCACCACUGCGAUACCGAUUGUCACUACAACUUCAGAGAGCGUUGGAACGUCUUCUGAGGAUUCUACCUUGGUUUCAACACCUGAACGCCUAGAGACGACAACUUCACUCUCUGAAGGCACUUCUGAAGUCACGUCGACACUUUCUGUGUUGGAAACGUCUUCAACAACAUUGGAGUUUUCUGAAAGUACACUACCGUCAGAGUAUUUCACUUCCGAACGGACUUCAACAAUGCAGCCAAUCACUGACUUCCCGACACCUCCAGAUGCGACUGUGACGGAAACAACUUCAACAGCUCCAGAUUUUCCGACUCCUCCUGAUUACGGCACCAGAACAACAUCAUCUGAUUCUGGAACUUUGGAGCCCAUCUUAAGUACGAGUACAGAAAGCUUUCCAACGCCUCCAGAUGCCUUCACAUAUCCGACGUCUUCUGAAAGCACCACACUAAUCACGUGGCCAGACUCGACACUUUCAACACUGACCGUUUCUUCUUCUAUUGUGUCUUCAACAGCAUCUCCGGAGAUGUACCCAACAUCUGAAAGUACAUUGGAGCCCAUUUGGAGCAGUUCAACCCUCAAUUACCCAGAGCUCACCUCAACUCGGGCCUGGAUCUCCACAACUUCUUCUUCUCUAGAGUCGACAACUGCAGAAGUGACAAAGAUCCUUCCCACUGAUCCAUCCACCUCCACCACCACCGAAAUCAUCUACACAAUGUCUUCCGAUGCAACACUGGAGCCGGUCACCGACACUUCUGAAACGUCUACUUCACUUGCCACCUCAACGGAUCCAGUCUACACUGUGUCCCCCGACUUUUCUCCGGUGACAGACGCUACGUGGCAGCCACCUGUCCAUGCUUCAACUUCUGGCGGAGUUGACGGCUACAGUACCUCCUCGCCGGCUACUGUUGCCACGACUACUCCUGCGCCUACAGAAGACAUUGAAUGCGUGCCGGAUACAGCAUUCUCGAGAAUCAUUUGUGACAUUUUGGGAGUGUCGAGAAGACGUCAGCGAUCUCAGUUUUAG